AUGAACGAACCAGUAGGGAUUGCGAGGAAUAACGACCCGGAUGUGGCUGGAGCAUCUGCCCGGCCACCACGGGAACGUACUCGCAAGGUUGCUAGCCAAAUAACACCGAUGGCAGGCAACCGAAAAGCGCCUAGAAUAUGGCAAAAGGAUGAAGAGGAUGUGCUGCGGGCUGAGCUAAGCGAAUAUUCACAAGGUAACACACCAUUCCUAAGGUGGGACGUACUGCAGAGGGCGCUGCCAAAGCGAACCCUGCCUGCAAUCAAAAAGCGAGUUACCGAAGUGAAGAACCGUGACGCCAACCAGAGAAAAGAGGCUCGAGUGAAAGCUAAGGAGAACGCGAUGAACCGCAGCUAUGACCCGCAGCCAAACGAGAGCGAGGUAAGAGAACGCGAGGACCCAGAGGAGGGUACCAAGCAAUCAGCAGAACUGGAGCGAGGUGAGACUGAAAGUGAAGAUUCUAACGAUGACAUCCAGUUUGACUCAGAACUUGCAUGGAAACUGUACCGAAGUGUGAGGGAUAUGGACCUAAGCAAAAGGAAACCAAUCGCUCAAACCAGCGACAUCCCGAGGAAGCUAACGGACGAGGGCGACGCCUGGCUCCAGACGCUGAGGAGAACGCUGCCGGAUCACAGAUGGACACACACAGUAGUUAACGCGGCCGUGUAUGCGGUAGCGAAAACUAUUACUACUCUCAUUGGAGAGAAACAGAGCGUUAAACGUGUAGCGGCUCAAAAGAUAAAGUGUGACACUGAUGAUCUGGAUCGGAAACUAGAGACCUUGCGAACUGAACUAUACUGGCGACGUGGUGCCAAGGGAAACAGCCCCCCAUGGAAGGUGAUUGCGGCGAUCCGAAAGAACCGUAAAGCGGGAAUCAGGACCGUCCGUCACCUUGAAGCGAGCAUUCUCGACGUUAAACUCCGCAAGGAGAACAAGUCGUUCGCGCUGAAAAGGGAUGAAAGCGAUCGACAGAGAAUCCGCUCGAGGGUUGCUGGGACCCGAAAACAGCUUCACACCACAACAGGGAACAUUGACCAUUCCCAAGUCCUCGCCACAUGGGAACAAAUAUUCGGACGUGAGCGCAAGUUCACCAAAACGAACAUCAUCACCCAAUGGCUGAAGGACCUGGACGAAAGUCUCGCUGGGGACGAAGUAACUGAAGAUAGAGAUGAAGUGAGGAGGUUGGGUGAAAGUGUAGUAAAGAAGAUGAAAGGUCGGAAAGCGCCCGGGCCGGACGGAAUUCGAGCGAUCUGGUGGCAAAAGCUACCAACGGCGAGAUUGGCGAUCUUCACGCUAAUCAAUCGCACGCUCGAUGCGCAUAACCCGUCUCUGCCCAGGUGGCUCACUGAAGGCAGGACAUUGCUGCUUCCGAAAUGCGAUGAUCCGAAGCCUGACCAGUACCGGCCUAUUUGUCUCUUGAACACGCAAUACAAGGUGAUCACGGGUGUACUAACAGCGAUGAUCGCCCCCAUUGCCGAAAUGAAUCAGAAAUUGCUACCUAUUACGCAAAAAGCAAUCCGGAAAGGUGUCUCCGGUUGCCUCGAAAGCCAUCUAACGGAUCGGAGCGUCCUUCUGGACGCGAAACUCCGAAAGAGGGGCCCCCACUCGGAGCUGUGGGAGGCUUGGCUUGAUUUCGCAAAAGCAUUUGAUUCAAUCAGCCACGCAUAUCUACUUGAACUAGUAGAUAGGUUUCCAAUACGUAGCGGAGCGAAAGCCCUGCUUCGAAACCUAAUCAAGGCAUGGGAGGUGAAAAUCAUCCUGGGAGGACACGAGAUAGGGAAGAUCCGGAUCAGGAGUGGCAUCCUGCAAGGGGACUCACUAUCACCGUUACUGUUUUGCAUUGCGGUUGCCCCCAUCAGCUACCAUCUAAAUAAGAUGACUGGUGGGUAUACCACUGAAACACGGACCGUGGGGCAACAGCAAUCCACCUUCAACCACCUGUACUACAUUGAUGAUCUGAAGUUAUUCGCCCACAGCGAAGCAGAACUGGCGCGAGGCCUGCGGAUUGUGCAGGAUACCGGUCAAGCCAUGGGUUUGUGGAUUAACCCUGGGAAAAGCGCGUACAAUGUCAUCUGCGCUAAUCCGGAAGCGGACGGACCCGAUGUUCUAGAGGGUAUCCCGAAGCUGAAAGGCGAGGACGGGUAUCGAUACCUAGGUAUCUAUCAAAGGGGCCAAACCGCAGGACUUGCAACAGUAUCCGAUUUGAAGAAGACUAUUGGCGAACGGACGAGGGAAAUCGUACAUACCCAAGACAUAACUUCGGCGCAAAUCAUUGCGAGGAUCAAUCAAGAGCUGAUCCCGAAGGCGGAGUACGUAUUCUCGAUGAACCAACUGCUAAAUAGCUUCGAACAAGUCGUAGCCCUGACCAAGAAACUGGAGCGCAUCACCAUGGAAUCUCUCACUGAAGGUGAAACCAAGUUGUGGUAUCAGACAGCCGCCAAGAAUAGAAUCUACGUCGACAGAGAAGACGGAGGACUCGGCCUCAGGAGUUUCGCAGAAGCAUUGCAAAGGGGCAUCUUCCGGGCAUUUGUACACCUAGUACUACACCCGAACACCAGCGAACUCCUCGGGAUCCAUUGCAAGGCUGAGCGGCAAAAACGCCGGUCGCUCAUCUCUGAUUUUAACAGAGCCAUGCAGUGGACUCCUGCGAUAACCUUCGAAAUUGACACCAAGAGACUAUUUAUUGGAGGGGUGGAGCACACGACACCGGAAACCGCCCUAACCAGCGGACUGGCAACAAUCCGAUCUCACUUUAAACGAUACUGGCUGGAGAGCUGGCAUCAGGUCGAAGGGCGUGCCCAGAGAACUGAUACCGGGAAAACUCUCUGGCUUGAGAAAGGAUGGGUGGCACCAAACGUGACACGGGUGGUCACAGCGGUGCAAUCGGAACGGAUCAUUGAAGUCUCCUCGCGGCUGGGGAGAAAGUGCCCUUGCGGAGCUCUCGAGACCGCAGAGCACAUCUCGAACCAGUGCGAGAGAUCUUCAUUCACUACCUACAUGCGACGACACGACGCAGUCGCGCGAUCCAUAUACAAGUUCCUUGCCAAAAAGUACGGAGUUGAAACAGUACAUUACUCAAAGUGCCCACCGCCUGAGAGCAGAGGGAAAACUGGCGUCCUGUGGUGGGACGUAAAGAUCCCGGCGCGUGAUAACAUCUAUCAUACGCGCCCUGAUAUCGUUCUGUUCAUCCGCAGCAAAGAUGGUACCGGUGGGCCCACCACCUGGUAUGAUCGAAUUGUUGUGAUCGAAAUCGCUGUAGCUUGGCCCGAUAAUAUGGAAUUGGCUAAAAACAUAAAAACGUGGAGGUACACUGUGAACGGCGAGAAGGCUGAUAACGAGAGCACAGCCCCACUUAAAGGUGGUCCGAACAUUUGUUUGGAACUCGCUGAACGAUACCACGCAAAAGUCGAUUUCAUACCGCUGGUGAUCGGAGCGUGUGGAGAAGUCCCUGAAUACACCAGAGAAGCGAUUCGUCGCCAACUGGGAAUUGGAGGGAGGUGGAGGAAAAGUUGGCGGAACAGU